GCCACCUUCACCUCCAUCGCGGCCAGACACGCAGUCAGCAGGCCUCGUUUACAAAAGAAGUCGUCCGCCCCUCCAGUCUCUCUCGUCUUCUGGCCCCGUCUCUCACAUCACUCUUCUCGACAUUGAAGCAAGACGAUAACACCGGAUCAGCUCGACCAUCUUGACUAAACAGCAACCUCGCCAACCAUAACCAUCGUCAUCGUCAAAAAUCACCAUAUCACCAUAACUGGUCGACCAUCACAACUACAGUCCACGCUGCUAUCUACACACCCGGAGCCUGGAUCCACCACACCCCCAUCCACUUACCGCACGCACCCUGGCCCACCGCCAGAACGCCUCACGAAUCGUCAAGCACACCUACAAAGACUGGCCGCCUGCUCUCUGCCUGGCCGACCACCGGUGCCUGACUCACAGUCUGCCGAACAACCAUUGCAUCCCAUAAUUGCACCAUCGCACUCAAUAAGUCCCACGGACUCUUAACCUCAGUCAAGAUGGUUUCCACAGUCUUCUCGUCUUCUCCCUUCAACCCGUCAACCACAUCGACACGACCCCAGGCCUCGCCCAAGAUGUCCAUCACCCAGACUUACUUCCUGGCCCACAAGGCCCGGGCCAAGCUCUCCCACGAGGCUGCCCGCCCCGACCACAACCUCCGCCUUCUCGUUGGCCACGCCAACCUGCUCGACUCUUUGAUGCUCGACCUUGCGGAUGCCGAGCGUGAGCAGGAGAGCUGGUUCAACCAAUCCGUCCGCGGUGCUUCGACUCCCUCCAAGACUGCCGACAGGCACGUGCAAUGGGCCGACUCUAUUGUCGAGGAGGAGGACUGGGAGGCCGACUCUUCGGACUCCGACAGCGACUUCGAUGACGAGGAGGAGGAGGAUGUCGAGAUGGCCGAUGCCAUUCCUCUCCGCCGCCUCGCCCCUGCCUCUCCACAAAUCCAAACUCACGAGCUCGAGGAGGAGGAGGAUGACGAGGAGGACUACGAGUCCCUCGCCCUCACCAGAUCGCCCUCUCACGUCACCUCGCCUCCCGAGCUCGACCUCGACUCUGAUUCUUCAGAGGACGAGUCAAUGCCGCCAUCGCCCCCCACUGCCUCGUUCCCUGCCUUUGCCAAGGAGACGAGCCAGAAGCCCAGAGAAACCACAGUCACCGAGACGCCACUCUUCGACUCGCAAGACGAGGACGAGGAGCAGGACAUUACCGACAACCACAAGGCGAGCUUCUACCAGGAUGGGUUCUACCUGCCAGCCAGAAACCCCGCCCGCCUGGUCUCGACGAUAUCAGUCUACUAAGACUCACAACACGAUAUCAGCAUCUUGUGGUUUAACAUUCUCGGCAUCUGGGCGGCGUUUACAAAAUAUACCAACGGCGGCAUUGCAUUUACACAGCGACUAGCGACUCUUCUUCUUCAUUUCGGAAUCUUGUCCUUUACAUAUACCAUUUCCUUUUUCCUCACCUUUGGCAGCGACAGCCAAAUCACCACUCUCACAAAGACGACAUUUGGAUAUCACGAGGGCAUAUGAAGAUCAAAUGGACGGCGCUCCCUGGCUCAGACCUGACUGAGCUGUAUGGGUCGAGUGAAGUCACGAUCUGCAUCCUAAAUAGGAUGUUUAGAACUAGCCAAUAGUCAAGAGUCACUCUUAAGGAAGACCUGGCAAUCUGAAUCAGACAAAUGAAAAAUGAAAAAUUCAUAUUCAAAA